CCUCAUUCCCAAUAGCAUCUCUCUCUCGCUCUCUCUCUCUCUCUCUCUCUCUCUCUCUCUGUGUACGAGGAAGCAUAAAGGAGUGUAUAGAUACGUAAUGAGGCCAGGAGUCGGGUUGAACACAAGCCGCGGCGCCGCUGCUAAGUCGCCGUCGGGCGCGGCAUCGAGCGUGCCGCACUCGGCAUGGCACUCGCCGGUUCCAUACCUCUUCGGCGGGCUGGCGGCGAUGAUGGGCCUUAUCGCCUUCGCCCUUCUCAUCCUCGCCUGCUCCUACUGGAAGUUCUCCGGGUACCUCGACUCAGUCGAAGACGCCGACAACCGCGAAGCUGACGGAGAGGCCUCGUGCGGCCCGGGCGACGCCGCCAAGCCCCCGCUCCUCUUCGAGGAGGGCAUCGUCGUCAUCAUGGCCGGCGACUGCAUGCCCACGUUCCUCGCCACCCCCAUCGCCAGCUGCGCCGCGACCGUCGCGGCCAAAAGCGACGACUCCAGUAACGCCGCGGCGCAUGGUGGGGUUAUCUCACCGCAGGUGACGGCACCCGAAUCCUGCAGCAACUAAUCUUAAUUUUUCCUCUCUCUUUUUUUUCAUAAAUUUUGUAUUAUUUUAAAAGCAAAAAAUUAGAGUCUUUUUCUGUGUCAAACAAACACAAAUUCUCGAGUUGUGCUGUAAGGUGUAUCCUCUGAAUCAGUUGUUUAAUUCCCUCUCUCUACCAAAUCCAGCAGAGCAAGCAACUGUUUUUAGUGUUAAACAGCAAAUAAUUGCAAAUUAAUUAUGAAA